AUUCUUACGUCGCUUUGGGUGUUUUUUUUUCUUCUUUUGUAAAACCUUAACGUUUCAAAAAAGGACAAAUUUGCCCCAGUCUUUAUGUUUUGAUCUUUGUUUGCGCGGUCCAGUGGAAAGUAUGAAAGAAAAAAUUUGAGAUGGACGAAUUGAGGUCAUGGUUCGAAGUGCCUGCAAUCGCCCAUUUCUUUCACAUUUUUAGGGGCUCCUUUGACCUGACUGACUUUGAGAUUGAGGAUUUUGAGGAAACAUUAUUUUUGGAUAAUGCCGACAAUGUUUCCAGCUUCUUGCCAGACCUUGUUAUACGUUUGUUGCGUGGCAUGUAUAGAACCAAGGAUGGACUUCAAGUCACUGCGGAAAAUUACAACUAUUAUCUUCGUGAUCUUUUAAGCCAUCAUUAUGUAACAGUUCAAAAGAAAGCAAACCCGUUAGAGGAUGCAGAUUUUAAAACACUCAAAACUCGCACAAAAGUAGAGGUUUUGUUUAAUAUUUGCAAUUGGAGACUUGAAUUGCAUGAUGCUAUGGAACUAACUAAGGAUUUGGAAGCUGACGAUAUGCGCGUUACACCUGUUGGUCGUGACAGUGAAGGGAAUACAUACUGGUAUUUCUAUGGUGUGCGUUUGUACAAAGAAGCCUUUUCUGUAAAGACACAGGAUGCUGAAGGGGAAGACGGCGAAGUCACCAACAAAACAAAAAAGAAACCUCCGAAAAAAGUAAGCAAGAAGAGACGAAGUAAACACACAACUAAAAGUGGAAGGUCUGUACGUAAGCGAAAAAGAUUUAAUUACAGCUCGCAAGAAUCGGCGGAUGAAAGUGAAAAAUCUGUUGAAAUUACAGACGAUGACACAGAAGAUGUCAAACCUGAUGUUAAACCAAUAAAGUUAAACUUGUGUUCCAAUGCAUGGUCGCUUGAAUGUUCCACGCUGAGCAACUGGGACCAGUUGUUGGAGAAGCUAUCUGCUACUAAAAAUAAAACCGAGAAAGAGCUCCUAAAAAACCUUCAGCAUUUGAGAGAAGAUGUAAAAAGAAUAACAGAUGAAAGGGAAAAGGCUUACCAAAAGAAACUGUUAGCCAUGGCUCCCAGAAGAGUGUCUGAGAGAAUCACUGUGAAGAUGCAACAGAUCGAAAAAGAGCAGCGCAUUUUGGAACAAGAGCGCCUAUUAAAAAAUCAAUUAAAAGCAAAAGAAGCUGAAGAAAGGCAAAAACAACUGGAAGUAGAACGAGAGAAGGAAAGAGAGAAGCGAUACAAGGAGCGGGAAAGAAUUCAAGAAGAACGCGCUCUUCGUGUUAAACUUAGAGAAACUCAGAAGCUCGUUGCUGAUCAUCCAGAGCUUGCAGAGGAGAUAAAAGCAGUGCAGGUUGGGAAAAAGCGACGGCUGGAGAAUAGAGAGGAUUCUAAUGAUGAUGAUGAGGACGAGGAAGAUCAAUAUAAAAUAAUGGAGAGAAUUAUGGAGGUUUUGAAAAAAGAUGACGACGCGUGGCCAUUUCUUGAACCUGUAAAUGAAGAAGAUGCACCAAAUUAUUAUUCUUUGAUUGAAACUCCAAUGGAUUUUCAGAAAAUAAGUGAAAAAAUCGAAAAGAAAGAAUACAAAGAUAAACACGAGUUUGAAGAAGACGUAAUGUUAGUUUUUGACAAUUGUGAAAUGUAUAAUGGAACGUACAGCUCUUACACAAAGUUAGCUUUUGAAGUGAAGAAAAUUUUCGAGAAACUAAUGAAACGUGAAUUUCCACCAGAUGUUGAAAUUGAUGACGAUGAUUUUUUCGAAGUUGAUCAGCCAACGCCCAAACCAACAAAAUUUAAAAAGCCUAAACUAAUAACUACACCAUCAAACAUAUCAUCUACAAAUUUGUCCACGCCAUCCACGCCAAUUACACAUAAGAACACUUCGAUGUCGGAUAGUAUAACGCCAGAAUUUGCUCGGGCGCAAAUGCUUCAAGCUCAAGCUCGUAUGAGACAACUCCACCAAAGUGCUUCUCUGUUGCAAUCUACCAACAUUCGCCAUAUAAAACCGCCCAUUGCUAUGUCACCUAGGUUUGCAUUGUCAUCGGGUGCAAUAGCUAAAAUGACACCAGCUCAAAUGCAGUCACUACUGUUGAAAUAUCCGAAGUCAGAUUUUGCGCCCUCUCUGGCUAAAGGAAUCAAAGUAGCAGGUCAACAGCAUGCCCUUGCUCAGAAAGUGGUAACUUUUAAUAGCACGCCUAUUAACACUACGACGCUCAAUCCUCUACAACAGUUAGCCAACACUGCUUUGUCACCGGCUCCUAGAGCGGUUAAUACUGGUACUAGUACACCGGUACCGGCUCCCAGAACGGUUAGUAUUAGUCGCUUACCACUUCGUUUCUCGUCACCUAAUACUGUCGUGAAAACCGUUUCCAAGACGAUGAGUCCUGGCCAAGUGCUGGCUCAGUUCCCUCACAAGUUGCAACUUCCUACUGCAAGUUCUGGGCGUGAUAAGCUUGGAGGUUCCAGAGGACGUCCAAAGAAGAUUAUAGUACCGAUCGCGAGCAUGACACAAGGUGGUUUGCAGCAGGCUAGUUAUGUAUCUGGGCUAUCUGCCACUGGUGUUCCUGUCACAGUGAAGUGGGAAGACCUAAAAUUGCAAUUGAUGUCGCAAAUGAAGAAUGAUGUUACAAACAAGAACCUGCAACAGGUUCGUUUAACGCCUACUCUGCCCAGCAACAGCACGAUGCCUGGAUUGCGACCAGUAAGUGGAACCCCUGUGGUAUUGUCGCGUAUUGCAAACACUGUCACCACUGCAGGUCUUUCCGGUUUAAAGACGUUUUCCUUCUCAAACGUUCUAAAACCCAAGGAAUUUCCAUCUGCUCGAAACGCGCUGAUAAUUAAAAAAUCAACAGCUGUGCCUUCGAGCAAAUCAGUGAUCACAAGUCCACUGAAAGCUGCUUCUCCUAUUGGUUCAACGCUGGCCAAUACUUCUGGCAUGUCCAAAGUACAGGAGUGGUUGAAAUCAAGUGGUCCUUACAUUGCGAAAAACGUGUCACCUCAAAGCAACGUUUUGCCUAUAAACCACAAUACAGCAAACAUUGUUGCAACGUCCUCAUUAGGAGCGGUGGGUAUAGCAAAUCGUGGUUUAGUAUGUACCACAUCAAGCUCCUCACUGUCAACUGCAAUGAAGCUGACUCCCGUUUUAAAGCUACAACGGGAGAUUGAUGACGUUGUGGUGACAAAACCGGCCACUGCUCCCAUUCCGACUAUCAAUAAAAAUGUAGCAACAAACCUGACGACAAACAUUUUAAGUGUCCGUCAAGACGGCUGUGCCGAUAGUAAUAUGUUGGAACUCCAGAAAGCUGCAAUACAAGCGGCAGCCGUUAACCAAAUCAGUGCAAAGCUUCAAACUCAUCUCAAUGACAAGAAGCAAGCAAUGCCAUCAUCUCCUUUGAAAAUCAACUCGCAAACGCAUGGUAUUGUGAUAAGUCCAGUCAAGAUGGUGACACAAAAAACCACAAGUGGUUUAAAACCACGAGUUAAUAAUGCAGCAUUUACUAAAAUUCCUAAGGGAAGCUCCACGACAUACUUACGUGAAGGAGGUUUAGUUACUCACAAUGAAUUUCACGGUGCAGUCAUCACAAGCCCGUCUUCAGCUGCGUCGCAUGUACAACUUGUGGUUAACCCCAGCCUGUGUUCUUUGCCUACUGCCAGUUCAUCUUUAGUGCAACAAAUUAAACUUCACACCUCCAGCAAUAUGAACUCGUCUACGCCGCUUGCUUUUCCAAAGUCUGUCCCAGUAACCCCUCCUAACGUCGUGCCAGUUGCUGCUCUCUCCACGCCUUUAUCACAUCAGCUGCAGUUAAGUCAGAUGAUUCUAUCGAACGCACCGACCAUCCCUCAGACAAAUACCUCACAACCCAUCCAGUUAGUGCAGAUUCCCGACGCCGGCGGUUUGGUGACACCUUAUGUCAAACCAAGUGCCAAUCAAGUCAUUAUACAACAACCUCUUAACAACCAAGGUCAGAUAAUUCGUUACGUAAUUCCUGCCCAAGGAGCAGUGGGGACUAGUAUGUUAAAUUUAAAUCAGUCAACUGCGAACGUAAGUAUGAAUCAGGUAGGCGCUGUACAAAAUAUUAUUUUAAAGAACUCUUCCAACAAUGGUGUAACAACAGGUGCGGUUAUUCGCCAGCCAGGCAUUGCUAACCUAGUGCAAAAAAAUUUGCCAACUGUGCAGAUCACAAACACCGUAGUACCGAAAGGUCAAAUUCUGCAUCGAGCUAAAACAUUACAAGUUGUUCCCAAUUUACCUCAAGCUUAUGCAAACGUAAUUUCGAUAUCCCAACCGCAUUCCAACGUCGUCACGAUAUCACAACCACGUUCCAAUAUUACCUUGAUAUCCCAGCCACGUGCUAACGUAGUGCUACCAUCACAAGUGCCUUCAAACCCUACUGCUUUCUUUUUAAAUUCUAAUCAAUUGCAGAAGUCGCCGUUAAAUUCAGGUAAAAUUCAGACACCUAUAUCCAACUCAGUGCAAUCACAGACAACUAUACUGAACCCAGUGAACAUUAAAACUCCGGCAUCAAGUUUUGUGAAGAUUGCAAAUGGUACACCUCACAAGCCAAAUGGUGUUCCAGUAACGUCAUCGACAAACUCCACACCUGUCUCGAUUGUACAAACUCCUUUAGUAAUGAAUCCUUCACAACUGCAAAAAUUGACUGAUGAAGGGCGUAUAGUAGUGACGCCCUCUGGUCAAUUUCUUAUGAUUCCAUCAAAGGGAAUCACCAAAAUACCUGCAUCAAUUCCGAAGUGAACUGUGUCUACCCUUUCUGACUUUGUUAGAUUUGUUUUUGAUUUAUAAAGUUAGCCAAGAGCUAAAUUUCUGUUCCUAAAAAAGUUUAGUUUUCACAAUUUAACCAUAGGAUUAACAGCCUUGAUUUUUCUUUGUUGAUUUUUUUUAUGUGAAUAAUAAAAGUGUUUUGCUUUUAAGUUUUAUCUACAGUAUUCAUAGAGUAGCUUGAUAUUUCUUCUUCAAAGUUGCGAAUAGUCAAAAUCCAGAUAAAAAUUAUCCAAAAAUUUCUUCCAACAGUAAUAUCUUCCCUCGUGGUUAAAUAAAUAUUAUUGACUCUGCAGCUUGUCUUCGUUUCACUGGAAACCUUUAAAACGAUUUAGUUUUUUAUAAAUUAAUAUUUGCUUGUUACUGCCAGAAAAAAAUAAGUUAUUACAAACAAAUAUAAAUAUCUAUUUUAAAGAAAGCUAUUUAUUUCAA